UUGUUUGGCGCUAUUAUGUUUUUUUGAUUCGUAGAAAUUGCACGUGUUUUAGUAUUGACAUUUUGCCUAUUAUAUUAUUUCUUUGUUGUGUUACUUUAAGCACAGAUUAAGAAUCCUUUAAACUAUUCUAAACGAGAAACAUUAGUUUAUUAUUUCACCCAGUUAGUUUAGUUAUGACUGACAAUAACGAAAAUCUUCCCAACUCCUCACAAGAUCUUCCUGAAUUGGGAAGACUUGUUUCUUGUAUUUCUACUUUGGAAACAGUUGUCAUCAGGAAAGAACCAUUCAAAGUUGGUAGAUCAUUACAUUGUGAUUUAAUGAUCGAAAAACAAAAUGUUGAGGGAAAUAUUCUGAAUAAUAUCAGCAAAGUGCAUUUUGUCAUCACUAAAAAUCCAAACAGUUCUGUUUUAUUUAUAACAGACCUCAGUAAGAACGGAACAUAUAUAUGUGGUACACGUUUGAAGAAGUCUGAAAAGAAAGAAUUGAAAGAUGGAGAUGCAAUUGCUAUUGGUCAAAAAAGUUAUAACGUAUUCACAUUUCGAUCAAUCGAAGAUCUUCCUGACACUGCAACUCCUUUGAAGUUGUCGGAUUCUCUAACUCCCG